AGAUCACCUUUUAUUGGAUCUCGGACUACUAUCGCCAAUUCGGAUGACCGGCCAGGAUUCGAAUGGCGAGACUCCGAGUGGUUGCUUGAUAGUACAGUAUGUCGACUGUAUGUCGACUGUCGAUCCGCGUACUAAAAAGUAAAAACCAUAAGUAUUCGUGUAACUGCCAUAUCGAGAGAACAGUCUACACUGACAGUUUUUGUUUUUGGUUGCUUCCGAUGAACAGCUGUUCACUUAUGAAGUGACUUUUCACAGUUUUAUGAGUUUUAUGCAACAUUUGCUUUAUGCAGACUUGAUUUGUUGAGUGAUAUGAAUUGUAAAGAUUGGCUGCUUUCCUUCGAAAUUCAUUAAUUUUACAUUCUAAGAAUACGUAAUAGGGAAGAUGUCGGGAGCCGGUGGGAAGUUGAAACUCUACUUUGAUCUAAUGUCGCAGCCAUCGCGCGCUGUGGUGAUAUUUGCCCGUGUUAACAAAAUACCAUUUCAAGAGAGACAGAUUGCACUCCGCAAACUGGAGCACUUGGAUGACGAGUUUGCCAAAGUUAAUCCCUUUAAGCGUGUUCCGGCUAUGGAGGACGGAGAUUUUAAAUUGCUUGAGAGUGGGACCAUAAUGCGGUACUUGGCUGACAAGUAUUUGUCGUCUGAGCAACAAUUCUGGUAUCCCAAAGAUAUUCGGCUGCGUUCGAAAGUUGACGAGUAUUUGGACUGGCAUCAUCUGAACACGCGAAUGAAUUGCGCAGAAUAUUUUCGCAAUCGGUUUUUGAUUCCCUUAAUCAAGCAGCGCCCUGUGGACAUGAAAAAGCUGGAGUUCUUCCGGAAAGCAGCCGACAAGACCUUGGCAGAGAUUCAGUCGUACUUCCUGGCCGAUCGCCAGUUCUUUCUGGGGAGCAAAGUCAGCGUGGCCGAUCUUCAGGCCUGUUGCGAAAUUGCACAAUUGUCCGGAUGCGGUAUCGAUUUGGCCAGCAAACAUCCCGAACUGGUUCAGUGGAUGAAGAGGGUACGGGAAGCCAGCAGUCCGCAUUACGACGAAGCCACUAAGUGGAUAUAUUCCACGGGAACCAAAAUGCGCCACUUAGUCAAGGAGGCCAAGUUCGAUGAAGGAUGCUCGGAUUGAAGGGAUAAUCGGUUCCGAAUAGACAUCUUGUAUUGGCUAACAAUUUGCUAUAUCGCACAUACCAAUCGCAUUCGCCGGUAUUUUACUGGUGCAGUUUUUUAUCUUGAAUCCUAUAGAGCUGUCUAGCAAUAUAGCUGUCUAACCUAUAUAUUUUAAUGCAGUUUUUUAUCUUGUCUAUUUAUUUUGAUCCACUGAUAGAAUGUGGAAACUUGUCGCUCAAGUCUUGAUUUGCGUUCUGCUAGCUACCUAAAAGAUACGACAAUUUUUGAAUGUGUGUUACGCAUUUUUUAAUGAGUUGUAUUAUGAUGAUUGAGAAAGCGCUUUUGA